CACACAGGAGCCGAUCAAGACCAGCUUACAUUUUUGUCAGAACUAACAGUUUUUUCCCCAGUUUUUAAAUUUAUUCAAAGUUGCGCUUGGAGAGAAGCCUAAGCAGAGACAUCCGGGAUCGGAGAAAACUGAGGGAAAGUUUUAAAAGCAGCGAAACAACUGAAAAAAGUUUGAGGAUAUAUUUUUUUCUUUACUUCUUCUUAUAGAUGAUCUGGACGUGACUGCACAGUCAUCAGCCACCUGGAUUAACUUUUAGAGGGCGAGAUGGCGGUCAUCUGGACGCUCCCAAAGUGAUGCAAAUUUCUUCAGGUAAUUAAUAAAACCACCAACUUUUAAAGUCAGAAUACUGCGCCUUUUUAAGAGUUGAAGACGCUUGGUUGGACUCACACAUCCCUUGAGUUUAUCUGGACCAAAGGGAGUUGUGCGCCCUGGCUGCCAUGACAUAACGGGACACUUGGAAAAAUCAAGGCUGCUGAAAAUUUAUCAAAUGACCGGAUGAUGCGUGUCCAUUGUUAAGCGGGGAAGCUGUAACUUUACCAUUCAUUCAAGACCUCAUUCAAGAUCAUCCUGCUUCCUCCUUCCUCCCCUCACACCCUCUGAAGGCUUCAUGGUGGAGAUAUGGGAUGACUGGAGGCGGGGGUGCAGCUGAGGUGAGAUCCAGCCGAAGGACAAUGUUUGCGCCCGGCGUUGGCAUCCCUCUGCUGCCGGGGCGUCUGGUACUGAUGCUGCUCCUGCUGUCCGCCUCCGGGCCCAGGCUCUCCCAGGCUUGUCCCGGUCUGCUCGCCUCCACCAGCGGCUGCAGCUGCACGGACGAUCGGUCCAAAGUGCCCGGCGCCCAGACUUUGGGGAGACGGGUAAGCUGCAGUAAAGAGGAGCUGACUGAACCUCCGGAUGCCAGCCUGCUGCCCAACAGGACCGUCACUCUGAUACUGAGCUACAACAAAAUCAGAGUUCUGAGAAACGGCUCCUUCUUUGGACUUUACGCUCUGGAUAAACUGGACCUCAAGCACAACUUAAUCAGCACCAUCAUGCCUGGAGCCUUCCAGGGCCUGUCUGAUCUUCGGAAACUAGAUCUAUCCAACAACCGCAUUGGCUGCCUGACUGCAGAAAUGUUCCAGGGGUUGACCAAUCUCACUAAACUGAACCUCUCUGGAAACAUCGUAUCAACCAUGGAUCCAGGAGUGUUUCAGGAGCUGCCGUCACUUAAGCUAGUGAACUUCAACUCAGACUACCUGUCAUGUGACUGCGGGUUACGUUGGGUCCCUGGAUUCUUUCGUGGCAGUCCAGCCCGUUUGGGGGAAGAAACCCUGUGUGCCUACCCCCGGAGCCUGAGGGGACAGCCCCUGCGUGGACUAAGGGAUAGCCAGCUGAGCUGUGACGGUCCUCUGGAGCUGCACACCUUGUCGCUGCUGCCGUCCCAGCGUCAGGUGGUCUUCAAAGGCGACCGGCUCCCCUUCCAUUGCACCGCUGCCUUGGUCGACAAGCUCACCACCUUACACUGGCGUCACAAUGGUCAGCUGGUGACCUCCGACCCCGAGAUGGGCGUCCAGCUGGAGAACAGCGUGCUGCACGACUGCACCUUCAUCACCAGUGAGCUUAUUCUAUUCAACGUGCAUUUGGAGGCCAGGGGAGAGUGGGAGUGUGUGGUUUCUACUGGGCGGGGCAACACGUCUCGCAGUGUUGAAAUAGUGGUGCUGGAGAACAGUGCCUCCUUCUGUCCAGAGGAUAAAGUUGUCAACAACCGUGGGGAGUUCAGGUGGCCCAGGACUCUGGCAGGCAUCACCUCACAUCAGUACUGCCUGCAGCUGCGGUACCCCUCCCUGUCUGUGGAGGGAGGUAUUGAGCAGAAGAAAGCCUCUCGGUACUGUGACCAUUCUGGAAACUGGCAUGACGGUGACUAUUCAGACUGUCACUACACGAAUGGCAUCACUCGUGUCCUGCAUACCUUCAUCCUGAGGCCCAUCAAUGCUUCCAAUGCUGUCACUUUGGCACACCAGGUGCGCACAUACACCCUGGAGGCUGCCGGUUUCACCGACUCGGUGGAUGUGUUGUAUGUGGCGCAAAUGAUGGAGAAGUUUAUGGAAUAUGUCAGACAGCUGCGAGAUUUGUCAGAGGUGUUGGUGGAGAUGGGCAGUAACCUGAUGCAGGUGGACGACCAGAUCCUUGCUCUGGCCCAGAGAGAGAAGAGAGCGUGCAGCUCCAUAGUGCACUCUCUAGAGACACUGGCCUGGCCUCAGCUACACGGCCAUGCUCAGGACUUCUCCAUGGUGUCAAGGAACAUUGUGAUGGAGGCCCACUUCAUUCGGCCAGCCCACUUCACCGGAAUAACCUGCACUGCAUAUCAGCGUCGCGAGGUCUCAACGGGCAGCUUGGCAAUGGAAACAUCAGAGUCAGCUCAUGAACAGCAACUUCGAUUUCGCUGCAGCACCGGCUCCCAUAACACCUCCCUCAAGAAUUUCCCCCUAAAGAAUUCAGUAGCCCUGGCCUCUGUGACUCUCCCAGCUUCUCUUUUUCCUCCGGAUGCUCCUGCAGACUGUAAGCUGCAGUUCGUAGCCUUCAGAACCGGCAGCUUUUUUCCUCUGUCUGGUAACUCAAGCAACACUGGGGAGCACUCUCGCAGACGUAGUGUCAACACUCCUGUCAUCUUUGUUGGCCUAGACGGCUGCGAUAUGUGGAACCACUCGGAGCCCAUCUGGGUGUCGCUGCGCCACUUGUCCCCUGGUUCUGAUGCUGUGGCAGCCCAGUGGAGUCUGAAGGCUCUGGAGAAACAGGGAAGCUGGAGCCAGGAGGGCUGUGAGCUGGUCCACAGUGACAGCAGCACCUCCACCAUGCGUUGCUCUCUGCUUAGCAACUACGCCGUGCUGCAGGAGGUGCCUGACUUCCCCAACUCCACACCCAUCUCUGUCAGGGUGCUCCACCCUGUGGUCUAUGCCUGCACUGCAGUGCUCCUGCUGUGCCUCUUCACCAUCAUCAUCACACACAUACUCCACCACAGUUCUAUUCACAUAUCAAGAAAAAGCUGGCACACAUUACUGAAUACCUGCUUCCAUAUCGCUAUGACGACAGCCAUCUAUGCAGGAGGCAUUAGCCUGACCAGCUACCCAGUGGUUUGUCAAGCGGUGGGCAUCGCCCUGCACUACUCCUCUCUGUCAACUCUGCUGUGGAUCGGAGUCAGUGCCCGGGUCCUCUACAAAGAGGCUGUGUGGAGAAUGCCUCGGCAACCAGAGGGAGAGUCUCCUGCUCCACCUACUCAGCGACCUAUGCUCAGGUUCUACUUGAUAGCAGGUGGAGUUCCUCUUAUCAUUUGUGGGAUCACUGCAGCUGUCAAUGUCAACAACUAUGGAGACAACAGCCCUUACUGCUGGCUGGUAUGGCGCCCUAGUCUGGGGUCCUUCUUUGUCCCUGCUGGACUGGUGGUGCUGGUGACCUGGAUCUAUUUCCUGUGCACUGUGUUUCGCCUGAGGCACCGUGUGGGUAAAGAAUGCACAGGAACCACGCUGUCCUCUCCUGUGACCGAGAGCCAGCCUGCACUGGCAGGAAGCACCAGCCUCCUCUCCACAGACUCAGCAGCAGGACCUUUAACCCCUGUUGUGGUGCCAGAGGACCAGUACUCACUGAAGACACAGUUCUUGGUGCUGGUGGCAACCCACUUCCUGUUUGUGGUUCUGUGGUGUUGUGGAGCCAUGGCAGUGUGGCUGACAGCCUGGCUCACUAGCUUCUUGUUUAGCUGUCUCUAUGGGACGGCUGCCUCAGGUCUGGGGGCGUUUCUGGUGGUGCACCACUGCGUUCGACGUCUGGACGUGCAGGCCUCUUGGCUGGCAUGUUGCCCAGGCUAUCGCCGCUCCCAUCCUAUGUCUACUUACACGCACACCUGCACUACCGGGAGUGGAGUGCAGACCUCUGAGCAGGGAUCACAACUUUUCAUCAACUGCCAUCCACCAGGCGACUCUCAUAACUCCUCAUCAGCUCGGUCAUCGUCCACGCCAAGUGGAAUCAGCAGCGUGGGUCCCGGCCCCUGCAAGCUCACCAACCUGCUACAGGUGGCACAAGACAAUUCAAACAAUGCAUCACGUGCCCCUGCGGGCAACCACACCAGCACCAGUACUGACAACACCACCAAGCCAACAAACAAUGUUCUGCCCACCAUUAACUCUGCAGCCCCAGUGCAUCCCCAGAGAAGGAAAGUGAGUAGCAGAACUAAACAAGGAAGCAGCCAUUAUCACCAUCGGGGUGAGGGCAGGGGUCACUAUCGUCUCAAAGCCCUAAGGACUGCUGGAGGUGGGGGCAGCUUGGGAGCUUUAGGACCCACUGGUUUAGAGCACCUCAGCUCUGCACAUGUGGCUCACAAACAGGCCACGAGUGAGAAUGGCAGCAUCCACCACAGCCUUUCAGAGAAUCAGGCCAGCCCGCUCACCAACGGGAAGCGCGUUGGAGAGUCUGUGGCGACCAGCCCCUCAGAGGGAAGCGACGGGGGCAGCAGCGGGAGUCGCAAACCCUUCCCCCUGCUGCCUUCUAUGGCCACUAGAGCGGCCAUGCACGGAGCUCAGAGACGAUGCGCCAGCAAAGACAAUCUGAAACUGGCUGCCGCUGUGGAGCGAGACACUAAGCGCUGCUCCUACCCUUUGAACAGUGUCACCACCACUGUGCCUGGGGCCGCUGCCUCAAAUGGCACCCUCAAAAACUCAGUGCUGGAGCUGGAGCAGGACAUGAGUGGCACAGACCAAUCCCAGAGCUCCGUUGGAAUGAAGAGUGGUUUGUGGAAAAGCGAAACCACAGUGUAACCUAUACUUAUAUGUGAACGUCUAUGCAUGACCUUAAUGAACUCUUAAAUGAUUGGGUUAUGUUUUAAUGGUCUCUUGAUUAUAAUAAUUAUAUAAUUUAAGAUAUAAAAUCAUGAAGGCAUCCAGGACCCUAAACUGGUACUUUUGCCUCUGUAGCAUUGUAAGAGUUUGCUGUGAAAUGUUAAAAAAUAAUAAGGCAGGUUUUUUAUUGUCAUUUUCAAACAUAAGAUACUCGUUUAUUUUAUUCAUUUCACAAAAAAAAUGUACAUGAUAUCUCUAAAAUUGGCAUAUGAUGUUGAUUUUGGAUGUCUAAUGAAAGCUUUACUGUUUUAGUUGUGAUUUUCCUAUGCAUAUCACCUAUAGCAUGAAAUGGAACGCAAGACAGUUCAUUUCCAAAGUACAGCUUUAUGCAUUUAAUCUGUGGACAACCUUUCACCCCUAUGUUUGCUUCAAGUAAAUGUUUGCGUGUGCUCAUGUAUGCCUUUGUAUGUCCUGUAUGAGUGAGUGAGUGAGUGAGUGAGUGAGUAUGUGCGUGUGUGCGUGUGUUUGAAGGAGAGUAAUUGUUUGACUGGCUGUACAGAAUCUCUGAGUGAAUUAAAGAAAAGCUAUGCGAGACUUUUGAAUAUAUGAUAAGUGUUUAUUUUUUUUAUCAGCACUGACAGAGCUCCUCUCAUCUAAUGAAUUCAAAAAGAAAAGAAACUAGGGUUCCAGAAGAAGUUAUUUUCUGGACUUAUGCAGGAAUGACUGCCCCCUCCUGGGUGGCAGAGGAACUUUUCAGUCAUGGUCAGAGAUCUGUAAUGUGUAGCCUUGCAACUCAGGUAAUUCUCACAGGUUUUGUUGUCCUAAACUUAUCAAACUCAUGCUGACAUAACAAUAACACUUCUCACUAUAAUUUAAAUUGUGUUAGGUAAUAAGGGCCUGACCAAAAUGCCAGAAUGCAGAUCACAAGCUUUCUUAAUAAAUUCAAACAUAAUGUUGCCUUCACUUUACUUCUUCUUUCUAGUCAAUUUCAUACUCUUGUAAUUCAGGAAAUUGCAUUAACAGGAAAUGGUGUUUCUACUAGGUCAUUGUCUAUGCAUUUUCCUAUUGUUCUUCAGGAGGAAGUCUUCAUGAAACCAGAGGAUCACACGCCGUAUGUUGUUACAACUAGGUGUUAAUAUGGUCGUUCUGUUGUGCAUAUAUUCUGUGUGCAGUACGAGCUUUUUGACCAGCACUGAAGAGGAUCCAUUCAGGGUGUAAAACAUGAAAAUGAUCAUGUAUUCCAUCUGACUGUGGCUUAUAUUGAACCACUCAUGGAAAACACAUAUAAACAUUAAGAUCGACUUGUCUUGUUUAUGAUUCAGUAUAAAUUUUAGUUUCAUCAUGUUCAGGGACU